UAAUGACUCCAGCAGUAAGAAUGAGCCUGUUGACGGGGUGCCCUCCAUCUCCCUGAUCUCCACGUUCCCCCAAGCCCCCUCCACCUCCGACUCCGUCAGGAUCAAGUGUCGUGAGAUGAUGUCCCAGGCGCUACAGGCUGGAGAUGACUACAUCGCUAUAGGAGCUGACUGUGAUGAACUGGGAGCUCAGAUUGAAGAAUUUAUCUUCUGUGAGUUUAAGAACACGGACCCCAAAUAUAAGAACCGUGUCAGGAGUCGCAUCGCCAACCUGAAGGACAUCAAGAACCCCAACCUCAGGAAGAGUGUUCUCUGUGGGAACGUCUCCCCCGACCGCAUGGCCAAGAUGACCGCUCAGGAAAUGGCUAGUGAUGAGCUGAAGCUGAUAAGGAAGAACCUGACCAAAGAAGCCAUUAGAGAUCACCAAGUGUCCCAGACCGGAGGAACCCAGACUGACCUGUUCACCUGCGGCAAGUGCAAGAAGAAGAGGUGCACCUACACGCAGGUGCAGACCCGCAGUGCUGAUGAACCCAUGACCACCUUCGUCUUCUGUAAUGACUGUGGAAACAGAUGGAAGUUCUGUUGAGAUCGGGAGGAGGAGACCUUCAGACAGAACCCCUGGUACCAAUCAACCAACCAUACAGACGCACCCACUAUAUCUAUUGGAAGAUAUUGUCCAUAGCCACGCCCCUGUCCCCACCCAUCAGCCAUUCAGAUGAUGAUCAACAUAGCUUCUUCUGUUACCAUCCAACAUUUUAUAUGUAGUUUUAACAUUUAGACAAAACUUGUAUCGACAAUUUACUAUUGAGUUUAGCUUCUUCGACCUUCAUGAAUUUUUAUUUUAUUUAAAUUACCAUUAAAAUUUUAUCCAUUUGUUUAAAAAA